AUGGAUAUGCAGGAGAAUAAACAAAUGUUUGUACGAAAUAAAAAUAUGAAAACAGAAAAUGUAGAUUUUCCAAGGGGUGGUAGCGCCUCUGAAUAUUCUGUUAAAAAUGGGAAGGAAAGAAAUCACCAGGAUGACCUUUUAUUUAAUCGUCAAAACAAUAGAUCAUCGGAUGAGGAGAUAGAAAAACCCGUUAAAAAGAAGAGAAAAUUAAAACCAUCAAAACUAGCAAAAGAUUCGGCUUCUAAUUUUGAUAUUAAUGAUAAUAAAUUAAAAAAUGAAAAAAGUUCAGUGGAAUUAUUAUCAAUUCAUCAUCUUAAUGUUGGAUCAUAUUUCUUGGGUCGAAUUGUAAAAAUAAAUUCUAUGAAUUUAGUUGUAUCUCUUCCAUGUCAAAUGAUAGGAUACGUUUCAAUAAAUGAAAUUUCUCGACCUUUAUCUAAAAUAAUUGCCAAUAUUGCGGAUUCUGAAGAGGAUGACGAAGAUGAGAAAGAAAAUGAUGAAAACAUAUUACCAGAAUUAUCUUCGUUAUUCAAAAUAGGUCAAUGGGUUCGAUGUAAAGUUUCUCGUAUUGAAACUCCAGAUGAUAAGAAAGCUACAUCAAAACAUUGGCGUGUUCAUUUAACAUUAGUUCCAGAUGAAGUUAAUUCUGAUAUAAUAUCUACUGAUUUAUCGAAAGGAAUGGUUAUAUCAGCGUCUGUUGAAAGUGUUGAAGACCAUGGAUAUAUUCUUUCCAUUGGGUUGGAUGGUAUAGAUGGAUUUUUGCAUAAUGAAGACGCGAAAAAUUAUAUAAAGAGUUAUAAUAAUGGUAAUGAACUUACAGUUGGACAAGUCAUUACCGUUAGUGUUAUUAAAAUAUUAGAUAAUAAACGAACUGUUAAGGUUACGGCAAAUCCGGAGAUUGUUGCAAAAACGAAAAUUUCUGAUGCUGAAGUACACAACAUUUGUUCGCUUCUCCCUGGAAAUUUGGUUACAUCAGUUGUGUCAGAUAUAUGUUCUAAUGGCAUACGCGUAAAGAUAAUGGGACUUCUGGAUGGAGUAAUUGAUUUAUUUCACGCUAACCCAAAAAUUAUGACAAACCUCCAAGAGUUUCAUGAUAAUUUUAAAGUUGGAAAAAAAAUUCAUGGAAGAAUUAUUUAUGUUUCUUUUACAACUGAGGCUAAAAGAAUAAGGUUAUCUCUAUUACCUCACGUUGUUGAAUUGAAACAACAUUGUUCAGAUAUUGACAAUGAAUUAUCAAUUGACGAGGCUCCUGUAGGAAAAAUAAUUGAAAAUGUUACUGUUAAGAAAGUUGACGGUCGUAAAGGUGUUUUAUUAGAAAUAGAAAAUUUGAAUAUUAAUGGAUAUGUUAAAUUUAAAUCCGGAUCAGAUCCAAAUCAUAGUAAUGAAUUAACUCCAGGUUCAACUCAUCGUGCUCGAGUGAUUGGAUUUGCAGCAUUUGAUAACCUUUUAUUGUUAUCAACAAAAAAAUCUGUCCUUGAACAAAAAUAUUUUAGAUUUGAUGAUGUUAAUAUCGGAGAUGUUACUCAGUGUAAAAUUGUGAAUAUUAUAGAAAGUGGAAUUUUGGUUUCAUUAUCUGAUAAUAUAACUGCAUUAGCACCUAAUAUACACCUUUCUGAUACGUCAUUAACUCAUCCAUCACAAAAAUUCAAACUUGGAACUACACAUAAGUGUCGAGUUCUUAAUAAGGAUCCGUCAAACAAUUAUAUCUACGUCACCUUCCGUCCCAUACUAAUAAAUUCAGAUCUGCCAAUUUUUAAAUCAUUUAAUGAUGUAAAAGUCGGAAUUGUUACUCAUGGGAUUAUAUACGGCAUAAUAGGACAAGGUUGUAAUGUAUAUUUCUUUUGCGGUAUGAAGGCCUUUGUACCAAUUAAUCAAUGUGGUAUUGAAGGUAUAAAAGAUACAAAGCAUCACUUCCAUAUUGGACAGAUUGUAAAAUGUAAGAUCACGAAAAUUGUCAAUGAUAAGGAAUUAAUUAUGGGAAGUUUCCAGAUUAAUGAUAUGACGAAUAGUGACCUAAGUGAGAUUAAUUGCGGUGAUAUGAAAAAAGGAAAAAUCUUACAAAUUAAAAAUGAUGAAAUAAUAUUAUCUCUUAUACCUUCACAAAUCCGUGCACAUCUUCCCAUUUCUCAUUUUACAGAUCACAUAACUCCUUCUCACUUAUCACGCAUUAAAGAACAAUUACGAAUUGAUGAAGUUUUAAGUAAUUUAAUGGUUAUUGCAAAAAAUGAACAAAAGGGUUUUGUUAAUGUGACAAAAAAACCUUUAUUAAUCGAAGCGAAAAAGAAUGGCAAGCUCCCAGAAAAUUUGGAUGAAAUUGAAGAAGGAAGCUUUGUUUGUGGGUAUGUAAGAAGUGUUACGGAUUAUGCUGUUUUCGUAGGAUUUUUAGGGGGAUUUAGCGCUAGGGCUACAAGAGAAAGACUAGCAGAUCAUUAUAUUGCCAGCCCAGUUGGAAUUUUUCAUGUUAAUCAAUCGGUUAUCGGUUUGAUAACGCGUAUUGAUAAAGAAACAUCGAGAUGUGAAAUUUCAUUAAAACCGUCAGUAGUUUCCAAUAACAAAUAUUUACCUUUUAUUAAUAAAGGUAAUUUUAUUAAAUCUUAUUUUGAGGAACUUCUACAUACAAACAAAAAAUCGUUGAAUCAGGAAGAAACGAAAGUGAUGUUAGGGGAGCGUGUAAAGUGUGUGUUAAAGAAAAGAUUAUCAUCUGAACAAGAUGAGGAUGAUUUAGAUAUGGUUAAUGAUGAUCAUGGGGGUUGGAAAGUUGUGGUCAUUCCGAAUAAUGAGAAUUCCCAUGAAAAGAAGAUUAAAGGAUUUAUUAGUGAAGAGCAAGCUAAUACUAAUAACGAUAUUAAAGAAGGUGAUCAAAUAGAGGGAAUCAUUCUUGACAUGGAUAUUAAAGGAAAGAAUGUUGAUUUGGGUAUUAGACCUGAAUUGUUUCCAUCUUUCGAAAAAAAUGGAAAACGUAAAAACAAGAAUUCUACUGGUGAUGGCGUUAGUAGAAAAGAACUGAAAAAACUUUUAAAUGAAAAAACAUCGAUCGAUGCAAUAAUAGAACAAGUCAAAGAAGAUUAUAUUAUUGUAUCAUUACCAAAAUAUUCUAAUACUAUAGCAUUCGCGGCUUCAAAAACCUUUAAUAAUCGUUCCCCUCCUUUUAUAAAAUAUCAAUUCGGGCAAACUAUAAAAGUUCAAAUAACUCACGUACCUCGCCAUCGCAAGAAAUCCAACAAUAAUUCAGAAGAUAAUUCAUCCAAUCAUCACAAACAUACUUUACAAUAUCGAGUUCUGGUAACUAUUUUAACGGACAGAGAUGACAAAUUAAUAAUAUCUGGAAUCAAAACAAUUGAUGAUUUUUCUGAAGGUCAAGUAAUUAAAGGUACUAUUUCAGGUGUGGAAAAUUAUGGAAUAUUUAUAAAGAUCAAUAAUAGUGUUGUAAGUGGAUUAUGUCAUAAAUCCAAAAUAUCCGAUGAUUUUGUUAAUGAAUUGAGCGACUUGUUUAAAAUUGGAGAUAAAGUCAAAGCGAAGAUUUUAAAUAUUGACAAAGAGAAACAAAAUGUUGGCUUUGUUAUGAGGAAGAGUUAUUUCGAUAGUGAUGAUGAUCAAAUGGAUACAGAUGAAGAUGGAAUUGAACAAGAGGAUUCAGAGGAUGACCAAAUGGAGAUUGAUGAAGAUAAAUCUAGAUCAAUAAAUUUACAAUGGGAAACUGAUUCAGAUGAACAAGAUAGUGAUAAUGAUGAAAGCGAAGAAAAUAUAACCCAGUCACAAAAUGAACAGAAUGAUGACGCGCCACUAUCUAUUUCAAGUCCUUGGAAAUGGAAAGAGAGUGACGAUGAUGACUCUAAUAAUAAUCAAACUCAGGAAGAAACUCCACCAAGUUCUUCGGAUCAUGAAUUAGAAAAUGAUCAAAAGAAAAAGCAUAAGAAGAAAAAAUCCAAACAGCCUGAAAUCGAGGACAAAACUGGUGAUUUAAUGAAGCAAAAGCCCGAAGUUAGUGCUGAUUACGAAAGAUUAUUAUUAGGGUCACCAAAUUCUUCAUAUUUAUGGAUCCAAUAUAUGUCCCAUUUAUUGAAUUUGUCAGAAUUUGACAAAGCAAGAGAAAUCGGUGAAAGGGCUUUAAAAACCAUUAACUACAAAGAGGAACAGGAAAAGAUGAAUAUAUGGAUCGCUCUAAUGAAUUUAGAGAAUAAUUAUGGAAGUGACGAAACUAUGGCUGGAGUUCUUAAAAGAGCUCUUCAAGCUUGUAAUCAAAAGAAAAUUUAUAUGACUCUUGUAGAGGUUUAUGAAAAGUCGAAUAAGUUUGAGCUUGCUGAACAAACUUACCAUACGAUAACUAAGAAAUUUUCGCAAAGCUCUAAAGUUUGGUAUAAGAUGGGACUAUUUUAUAUUCAACGUGGUAAGAUUGAAGCAUUUAGAAAUUUAUUACAAAAAAGCCUAAAGAGUUUACCAAAACGAAAACAUAUUAAGACAAUUACUAAAUUCGCUCGAAUGGAAUUCAAAUAUGGCGAGGCUGAAAGAGGACGGACUAUAUUUGAAGGGAUGAUGAAUAACUAUCCUAAAAGACUUGAUUUAUGGUCAAUUUAUAUUGACAUGGAAAUUAAAGCUGGAGUCGAUGAUAUUGUCAGACGUCUAUUUCGACGUGUUGUAAACUUGAAGUUUUCAACCAGACAGAUGAGAUUUUUGUUUAAAAAAUGGUUGAAAUUCGAAAUGGAACAUGGUAAUGAUGAACAAAUUGAAGAGGUCAAAGAAAAAGCUAAAACCAUUGCUGAAAGCAUGAAUUGA